GUGAUUCUGUAUCACAUGCAACAUCCCGUUAUUAGCUAACUGUAAGAGAGCUGCUGUGCUCAGUCUAGGAGUUUCCUUUAGAAAAGCGGAGUAUGUAAUUUUUAAUACUUAUGGAAGAGAAUAUAUCAUAUCAUCCUUCAAUGAGUUAGUUUACUGAUUGGUUUUCCUGUCACUGUUUUGUAGUAGUUCAUUUUCACAGUUUCAAUAUUUUGUUGCACCUAUAAUGCCUUCUGCCUGCCACGUUCAAGUGUCCUGUUACUAAAUGUUUAUUGCUUGUGUGGAUUCAAAUUAAAUAAAUCAUCUUCUUUCUGGUAAAUUAACUAAAGCAAUCAAACAAACAAACAAAACCUACUCUAAUCUUCUGUCAACAGCUUUGAAUUUCUGACUUUCUGAAAAUGCAGUCCUUUAGUACCAGUCUUCUUUAUGGCGCUAACUAAAGAAGUCAGGUUAUUGCUCCUCUGUUGAGCAUGCCCUUAUCCCUGUUGGCUGUUGUGUUUCAGCUGGAAGUUCUUAUUUGGCAGUUAUCUGCCAUAGUAAUCAAGCCUUUCUGUUUCUUGGAAAUACGGUCUGGCAUCCUUUAUCCCUUACUUUCCCUAAGUGUAUUACUUUACACGAGACGAGAUAAAAUGUAUCAGGAGUUAGACUGUUGUCUUACUGCCCUAGUGGUCUGUUCCUUUUGUUUUUGUUCUUCCAGUCUAUCUCACUUACAGGCAAGAUACACUUCUUUAAUGCAUCAAGGCCUACUUCACAUGUGAUUUGCAUGAGUGGUGCUUGUAAUUGUCUGUAAUGAGUUCAGAAGCCCUAUGUAGCCUUUUAAACUCAUUUUAAUGUAUCUUAUGCUUUUUGUUGUUAUUAUAGAUGCAAGAUGCUUUCUGGUACCACAAGUAUGUGAUGCGAACUGUAGCUUAAUCACUAAAGAAAAGAGUGUUCUUUUAGCACCUAGUUUAGAUACAGUUUUCCAUUGACUUUUUUUUUUUUUUCCUCCCACAGCAUUUCUCCUCCAUGUCGUUCACUGGCUGGAUCUGCUCAGGGAAUGUGUGAGGAGGAUGUGAUGAAGGAGGGCAGUUGUUUGUAGGACCUCUUCAAAUCCUUGAAGAAAGGAAGGUGUAUGAUGAAUUUAGUGCAGAUGGUAGGAAUUAAAAAGGUGGUCUCGUGUUUGAGGCAGUUGGAUACCACCCUGAUGAAGUGAGUUUCAUGUCUGUGUUUGUUUUUAGGACGUGCUUUUUACAAGUUCUUCUCAAACAGAUCAUUCUGCCCUUAAAUUGGGUGAACAUUUGUAGUUAGAGAAAUAGACUUGCAGAAUGCACAUGAUGAAUGCAUCUGAAAUGUGCUUUGAGCAGAUAGUUCCAACUUGUGAGAAACUGUAGCAUUUGUAGACAUCUAAAGAAGCGUGUUUGCAAUUACAUGGCCUUAACUCUUUAUCUCAUUUUUUCAUUCCUUUGGUGAGGGAAGCAGGCUAUCCCAUAGCAGUGUCAUGAGAAAGCAUUCUCAUGUCAUAUUAAUGAGCACCUUGAAAAGCUGAUUGCCUGGUUGGGUUUCAGAUUGGGUUUUGGAUAGUGUAUGUGAUGACUCUUAUUAAGCAAAAAGGACAAAAUAAAUUUUCAGUCACUAGUCAGUAGUUUGGUGUGAGAAACAGCUGGUAUGACCAUUCCAUGUGGCAACUGAAGCCUGAAUGUUAAAAUGCACAGAAGAUCUGACAAAGCUGUACAUACAGGCUUAGUUAUUUCAACUUGUGACUUUUUGAGUUCUCUAUUUUGGACCUCUCAAGAUUUUUUUUCCAGGAGAUUUUUGUGCUAGCCAGGUUAUCAGCAGAGUUCUUGGUAGAAUUGUCUGUCAGUUUCCUAGCCCUGGUAUUUUACUGGCUUUCAAGUGGUUGUUGUAAUUUAAAACUGGUUUUAGGUUUAGGAUUAGACACACCCUUCCGUGCCCCUGCUGUAAGGUGCUAAUUUUAAAGCUCAAUUGUCUGAACUAUGUUAUGCUCCCAGCAGGUGUUCCUGCAGCAGAAAAAAUGUCUGUGUUACUUCUGUGCUGAGCUGCCUCACAGAGGAGCUCCAUAUUGGGUCUUCUCUGAUUUCCCUCCUUCCUUCCUCCACCAAACUGAAGCUGUCCCUUUGAUGACAAUACCGAGCCAAAGGAUUAAAGAGAGGGGAGGAAUGUUUCUUGCUCCAGUUCUGUUCUCUUUGAUUAUUUGUGUGGCUCUUUCUUCACCUUCCUUUAGUGACUGAAGUUAAGCAUGAAAAGUUUUCCAUCUCUUCAAAUAUUGUUUCUCCUUCUCUAAAGCAUUUAAUGGUCUAUAAAGUAUUUAAUGUCUCCUUCUGAGGAGAGAAAGCCAGAUACUGAAGUGUGUUCCUCCAUGCCAAGAAAGGAACACAACUUUAGUUUGGAGGAAGCCAUGGAUGCAAAGGAAUUAGAAAUGUGGAAAGGGAUGGAGGAGGAGUAAUAGGGAAGAAAACCGUGGUAUUUUGUGAUUGCAUGUGUGUGAAAGCUGUUCUAAUGAGUUUGUGCUUGGUCAGACUCUAGUUACUGUGUUUGGCUCAGUGUUUGCUCUCUUACAGAGCUAGAAAUACUUAGUGCAAGCUUUAAGGGAGAGAAAGGAAGGGUGACUAAUACAGAUCUUCUAGAAGACAAGAUGCAAACACCAGAGUUUUCUUUGUGUUUAGAUGUUUCAAGAGGACUGUAGAGCUGUUAGUAGGCAUCAAUGAAAUGCAUGGAUAGAGGGAAAUUACAGUUUUCUGUGAGUUUUUUGUGAGUCUCUGUGAAAGUGUCACGACUGUAGGGAUUGUCUUUGUAGUAAAGUCAAUGCAUCUCUUUAUUUACUUAGAGGACGUCAGAAUAAAGUAAGUUACAGGUAGUGGUAUCACAAAAAUCCUUUAUGGCAGCAGAACCGAGGAAUGUACCACUCUCCAACUGUCUAGUGCCUGAAUUUACUGUGAACUGCACUCUGCUUGCUUCCUUAUGAUAAGGAUACAUCUGCCUACUUUGCAAGGGUCUGUAACCCUUAGGAAAUCAAAUGGUGCCUUCUCUGCUGGUUCCAGCCAUUGUUGCCCACCGCAUAUUUUUCAAUCUGGACAGAUGAGGCUCUGGCUUUAUUUGCCUUGCUGAACGUAAACUUUUAUAAUUCCAUUUGGAAAGUGUGUAUCAGAACGGAAGGAAAUUCAGAUUUUCAUUAUAGUUGAGUUAGUGAAUAAAUGUCAUUGGAAAAUGAUGAUAAGGGACAAUUUUUUAAAAAAAGUAGUUUCCAGCUUCUCCCACCCCAAACCUCUGACUAUCUAGAUUCUGCCGACAUUUGGUCUAAGUUAGAUCUAAAUACUUGGAAGAGUCAUCAGAUGAGAGCUAGUAGCCUCAGUGAGCUCAAGAAGCAAAAGAAUGUCACUGGUCUGUCUGCUCUGAUAGCUGCUUGACAUUCCUCCCGUUGUCUUGGAGACUGCCAGUCAGGGCCUAUUCCAGGAGUAGACACUGGGACACGAUGGAGUCCUCAGCUGGCAUUGAGAACCUGCCUUUUGAACUGCAGAGAAACUUCCAGCUCAUGCGAGAUCUGGAUCAGAGAACAGAAGACCUCAAGGCGGAGAUCGAUAAGCUGGCCACAGAGUAUAUCAGCAACGCACGGACUUUGUCGUCAGAGGAAAAACUGGGGCUCCUCAAGCAAAUCCAGGAGGCCUACGGGAAAUGCAAAGAAUUUGGGGAUGACAAGGUUCAGCUGGCUAUGCAGACCUAUGAGAUGGUCGAUAAGCACAUCCGGCGGCUGGACACAGAUCUUGCUCGCUUUGAAGCAGACCUGAAGGAGAAGCAGAUAGAAUCGAGUGACUAUGACAGUUCUUCCAGCAAGGGCAAGAAGAAGGGCCGAGCCCAAAAAGAGAAGAAAGCUGCACGUGCACGCUCUAAAGGGAAGAAUUCUGAUGAGGAGGCACCAAAGACUGCCCAAAAGAAAUUAAAGCUUGUCCGCACUAGCACAGAAUAUGGAAUGCCUUCAGUCACAUUUGGAAAUGUGCAUCCUUCAGAUGUAUUGGAUAUGCCUGUGGACCCCAACGAGCCUACUUACUGCCUCUGCCACCAGGUCUCCUAUGGGGAGAUGAUUGGCUGCGACAACCCAGAUUGCUCCAUCGAAUGGUUUCAUUUUGCCUGUGUGGGUCUGACAACAAAACCAAGAGGAAAAUGGUUCUGCCCUCGCUGUUCCCAGGAGAGGAAGAAGAAGUAAAAUCCCAUGAGCCUUGGAUACUGCUGCAGGAGCUCUCUUCCCCCUGCCAGGGCCUCGUCCCAGCUCCCCCAGCCCUUGGGACCUUGGCUAGGGGGAGUCUUUGCCCUGUUUGUGGUUUGGGCCAUCCCUGGAAUGGUGUGUACCCUCACGGCAGUUCCAGUAUGUUCUGUAUCCCUGGCUGCUUCCGAAUCCCUAAGGGAGGCCCUCUCUGUGUACUAUUCCAAACAGGUCUCUGAACCUCAAAGGGAGUGAAUGAGGGCACCAGGGUAGCCACCAGAUUCCCAGGGAUUCAGGUAGCCCCUGAUUUUCCUUGGCUUUCCUUCAGCCUCCUCAGAGUUCAUUGCCUACUCUCUGCUGAGAGAGCAAGGCUAUGGGAUGGGGGAAGGAAAGGAGGUAAGUCUUCAGCAUUUUAGGUCUUCUAUUUUCCUGGAUCUUUUUCAGGAGAGAGGGAGUAACCAGGCCACUGCUUAAUCUAGUAGCUUGGUUGAGAGACUGAAAACUUAAUGUACUCCCUAUCUUUAAUCAUUCCACUACUUUGUCUGGCAUUGAGCAGCCUCUUUUGUUGGGGCAAGGAGGAAGGAGUGUUUAGAGCUAGCUUUAUCUCUUACUCCUGGGGUAAACCUGCUCUCCUGGGAAGCACAUUGUAUGAAGGAAGAAGAAUUUCUGGCCAUGUGGUGAGAAACGGUUUGAUCUAGCCUGCCUUCUGGCACCAGAAUUCUCCCUCCCUUUAGUACAGUGGAGCUUCUCCAUUAUGUUGAUGAUGAUGGAAAGUUCGGGGAUCCAAAUCCCACUUGUAUACUAUAGAACUAAAUAAAAUUCAUUCAAACAAAU